AUGAAGGCAGAUCCUGAGGUGAAGAUGAUAUCCGCUGAAGCGCCUAUAUUAUUUGCGAAAGGCUGCGAUAUCUUCAUCACAGAACUCACUAUGCGGGCUUGGAUACAUGCUGAGGAUAACAAGCGACGCACGUUGCAAAGAUCAGAUAUCGCAGCGGCCUUAUCCAAAUCUGAUAUGUUUGAUUUCCUCAUCGACAUAGUGCCUCGUGAAGAAGCAACAUCGCAUGCGAAACGAUCGAGCCAGACAACUGCAGGUGCUGCAGGUUCCUCUGCUGCGACAGGUGCCCAACUGCCACCUUCUCAACAUGGUGUUCAACAUCCUCCGCACCAUAUGGGUCCCCCAGAUUACGGUUCUCUGGGGCAACAUGGCAUUGGACAAGACCAAGAAUAUCGACAGCCAACGAUGUACGGGGGAGCCGUUCAGUCGGAUCCAACGGCCGCAUAUGGACAGCCGCAAUCCCAAAUCUUUGAAGGAAUGUACAAUCCUUACCCACAUCUUCCGCCACAGCAGUAUUAUGAUGGAUUUUGUGCCUUUAACUACCGUGGAGUUUCCAAAUGGAAUCAGCCAGAGUAG